AUGGAUAAGAAGAUAGUGCGCAAAGGGCCGCUGCCUGGGGGUCGCCGGGGCGCGUCUGGACCUGGCGCUGGACGCGGCAGCAUGCGGGCCACCAGCCGAGCGCGAGGAGCUGCACGGUCACCUAGCAGCCCUCCGCAUCCAUCAUCCCCACCAGAAGGCUUGGUGUCGGCUGGGUCUUCUCGGACUCAGCAAGCGGCACCCGCCGCUGGUGGAGCACGUCGCAUGCGUUGGUCACAAGCAAUGAAUGCAAACGCACUGCGGGCGUACUUUAGGGCAAAAGGGGAAGAAACUGGAUGUUUGGCGUAUCGGGCUAGGAUGCAUCGUCUUUUUGCUGAGCUGGAGCCAUCUUUAACCGCCACAGAGCAAAACCUGGCAGACCGAGUUCGGUAUAUCUUGCGCUCAAAUAUAUUUGAUGUCGCAUCGAACUCGAACGGCUACGACGUGAGGCUGUUCCCUCGUCGGAUGUUAGAAUGCUACGGCUGA